AUGCUGGGCGCCGCGAACGGUCCCGUGGCGGUGCUGUCCACCGCGCUGCACGUCGACAGCGGCACCAGCAGCGACGACGACGACGGCCUGCAUGACUGGGCGCGGGACAUGGUGAAGGGCGUCUGCUGCAUGGUGGCCGUGCUCGGCGGCGUGGGGAACCUCCUCACGCUCACGGCCGUGCCCUACGCCAGCCGCUGUUGCCGCGCGCCGCGCGAGGUCAAACGACUGCGCUACAGCACCGCCACCGUCUUCAUCCUGAACCUGGCGGUGGCGGACCUGUUGUACUGCCUGGUGAACCUGCCGCUCUACUAUUUGCAGUACAGCCGGCCGAGCUUGUGGCGAGACCCGGCCCACGGCUUCGCCUGCCCCCUGGCUGGCGUGCUGCGCUACACCAACGCCGCCGCAGACUGGAUGUCGCUGGCCGGCAUCGCCUUCAACAGGUGCGUCUGCCUACUGAGCAUCAAAUGGAAGGGGCGCAUCUUCGGCGGCUGGAAGAGCUACGUGAUCAUCGCCCUGAUCUGGCUGUACGGCUUCCUGACGCAGGGCCUCUCGCUCUUCCAGGUGUACGGCGAAUACGGGUGGAACAACCUGACGCGCAAGUGCGACUUCCUGAAGGACGGCAAUGGUCAGCCGCGCACCGACUGGUUCCUCAUCUCGUGGUCGAUCCCGUGCGCGGUCAUCCUCGUCUCGUACUCGCUGAUCUUCGUCAAGGUCAAGCAGUCGGGCCGCACCAUUCUGCGGAGCUCCAAACACCAGCGGAUGGAACACGUGGAAGCCCUGCUGAAAACGCGAGAGGACAAGACAUCCCGCAUGAUAUUCGUCGUCUUUGUCACCUAUUGCAUCUGUGUGCUGCCCAUCACGGUGGUGAACGUCGCCGACCCGUACAACAAGCGGCCGUACGUCUCCAUCAUCUGCUAUUGCAUCUACUGGCUGCAGUACUGCUGCAACAACAUCAUCUACGUCGUCAGCAACGGCGUUUACCGCAAGGCGUACAUCAUCUUCCUGACGGAGGUGAUACCGCCGCUGAAGCGCAUCUUGAAGCGGCCGGUGAGCUGGCAGGUGCGGCAGAGCACGGCCAUCACCACCAUCACCGGCCACACCCUGUCCACGCGCAGCUUCAGCCCUCUGUCCCGGCAACUCCAGCACACCGACUCGCUCCGCUUCUGCGGCGAGAGCAGCGCGCGCCAGGCGCCGGGGGGUGAGCGGUGCGCGGGUGCGGCGGCGCCCGGCACCGGCAGGAAACGCUCCAUGACUCUGUGA